AUGGCGGGUCUUGCACCCUCGAAUGUGGUCAUUGUCCACCCGGACCUGGGAAUAGGCGGUGCCGAGCGACUUAUCAUCGAUGUGGCUCUAGCUCUUCAAAACCGAGGCCACCGCGUGACCAUCUACACCUCCCACCGCGACAAGAACCACUGCUUCGACGAAGCCCGCGAUGGCACGCUGGACGUCCGUGUCCGCGGAAACACCAUAUUUCCAGCCCAUGUCUUCGGUCGACUCCACAUUUUCAUGGCCGCCUUGCGCCAACUACACCUGACCUUGUCGCUUCUUUCGGAAAUGGGAUCGAGGGAUACGUUCAACCUCACAACAUCGGACAACAAGACCGGGGGAAAGAAUGAAACCCAGAAUGACAUAUUUAUUGUCGAUCAACUCCCCGCAUGCGUACCUUUUCUCAAGACCUUUGGCCGGGCCCAAAAAUCCCAGUGCCAACGAAUCCUAUUCUAUUGCCAUUUCCCCGAUCAAUUGCUUGCGCGUCGCAAUGAAGGGGGCUCCCUUCUUCGGCUAGCUAAGCAACUAUACAGAUUCCCAUUUGAUUGGUUUGAAGGUUGGGCAAUGAGCGCGUCUGAUCGGGUUGUUGCGAACUCGAAAUUCUCGCGCGGGGUUGUGCGACAGGUCUUUGGGGCGGACAAACUGGGAGAUGUCGAAGUUGUUUAUCCAUGCGUGGAUACGGAUGAGAAGGCUAUAGCCCCGGAAGCAAAGUCUGCAGGGCCUCUUUGGGGCGGAAAGAAGAUUUUACUGAGCAUCAACCGCUUCGAGCGGAAAAAGGACAUGGCUCUGGCCAUUCGGGCAUACAAUGAAUUGGGCGCGGAGAAGAGGAGAGGAACUCGGUUGGUAAUUGCUGGCGGUUAUGACAAUCGUGUCCAAGAAAAUGUACAAUACCACCAAGAACUCGAUACUCUGGCGACCGGCCUCGGACUACAGACCGCAACCGCCAAGACUGUCCCUUCAGCGCUUGCUAUCCCCGAUGACAUAGAUGUCCUAUUCCUCCUUUCCGUCCCCACCACCUUCAAAGAUACCCUACUAGUACAGUCAAAGUUGCUCCUCUAUACCCCGAUCAAUGAGCAUUUCGGCAUUGUUCCCGUUGAGGCGAUGCGCGUUGGUCUCCCUGUUCUAGCCUCAAAUACGGGUGGUCCUUUGGAAACAAUCGUUGAGGGCGAAACGGGCUGGCUCCGAGACGCACAUGCUGUUAAUGAGUGGACGGCUGUCAUGGACCAAGUUCUCAAUAAAUUGAGCCCGCAACAAGUUGACAAGAUGGCUACAGCUGGUAAAAUAAGAGCCGACCGUGAAUUCUCACUCAGAGCGAUGGGAGAUCGACUAGAAGAAGAGAUCUCCACCAUGCUUUCAGCCGAGCGUCGUCCGUUUGAUGGGUGGAUGCAGGUGUUUGUCGGACUUGCUCUCAUUAUGGCAUUCCUUGCGAACGUAGGCCUGUUUGUGUUCCACAUGUCCAUAUGA